CUAUUUAAAUCUAAUUUGUUCCUUGGAAUCCCACGAACCCUAGCUCCUAAACCCCUCUUUUUCUCUUCUCUAACGGCCUGAAUCAUGGAGGCGCCGUCAGCGACGCUCCAGCCGGUGGCGAAGAAGGCGGUCGGUGCCCUCUUUCAAUGGCUGAGCUCCCGCGAUAAAAAACCUCAACUGAUCGAGGACGAUGACUUCGUCUACCUUCUGCUUUCUGUACUUCGUUUCCCCUCCGCCGCUGUCAACUCCGCCCGGGUUAAUCCCCACCGCGUUGCCAUCCCCCACCCCAUAUACCCAGACCACCACCACGUCUCUGUCUGUCUCUUCAUCGACGACCGAUCCGCUUCCUCCGCCUCCGCUGCUGCCUUCCUCGACCGCGCUCGCUCCCUCUCACUCCCCGUUGAGGUUGCCAUCGGCCUCUCCUCUCUGCGCACCGACUAUCGACCGUUCGAAGCCCGCCGUCGCCUCUGCGAUUCACAUGACCUCUUCUUCGCCGACCGCAACAUCCUACACCUCCUUCCCCGCCUGAUCGGGAAAGAGUUCUUUACAAAGAAGAAGACUCCCAUACCUGUUGAGCUCUCCCGCUCUAACUGGCCCCUCGUAAUCCGCAAAUGCCUGGACUCCGCCUUCCUUCGCCCGCCUGCCAAGGGUACUUCUACCGUCAUCAAAGUAGGGCGGGCUUCCAUGACUGAGGAUGAGAUUGUGGAAAACCUGAUAGCUGUCAUUGAGGGCUCGAUGGAAUACAUUCCCAAAGGCUGGACAAAUAUUCGCUCUCUUCACAUUAAGGCUUCAGAUUCGGUCUCUCUGCCCAUUUACCAGGCCGUCCCACAGAUUGGUCUCAAGAUCCCGGUGGCAUCUUCUGUUGCAGAGAUUGGCCAUGAUGACAAACAUGAGUCAAGUGAGGUUGUCAAUGCUUCGAGUGAUGAAAAAAGGGAUGAUACAUUAUCUAGGGGGAAGAAGCAGAAAAAGCAUAAAAAGACAAGGAUCCAUGAAGCAGUCACCUCACACCUUGAAGCUGGUGAAUCCGUUGAGGAUACAAAAGACAAUGGCGGUGAUAAUAUCGGGAUUGAAGAUGAGAAUGUUGAGGAGGAAUCUGAAAAGAUUACAACAAAAAAGAGGAAGAAGAAAGAAGUUAAGGAAAAAUUAGAAGCUGAUGGUGAAAAUAAGAAGAAAGGCAAGAAGCUUAGAGUAAAAAAUGAUGCCCAUAACCAGGAAAAUGCUAGCGUUGGAGAAAUUGAUGGAACUGGCAGUGCAGAUAAAAUGUUGAUAAAGAAACCUAAGAAGAAGAGGAUUGGAAAAUUGCAAGAAGGUGAUGAUGAUGAAGCUAAAAGUGUUGAAAUCAUAGUGCUGAAUGAGAAAGCUACUCAAGUUGAUAGACAAACUAAGAAGCCAAAGAAAAAAACUAAGAAUGGUAACCUGAAACACUGAUCAACAAGUUUAGCUAAAAGUGAUUGCUCUCAAUUGGUUUCUUCACUUCUGUGAGGUUUUGUUCUACCCUAUCCAUUUAUAUGGAUUGUACUUUGGAAUAUCCAGGUUUUCAUUUUGUCACUGAUUGAGGAUUAUAUUAGUUAUCUACUCUGUUUGAAGUAUAAUCUUUUAAUUUGUUUAGCUACUAGUCAUGUUUGUUAUAA